AAUUCAUAUUCACUUUGAUUCACUGUUUUCUCGAUUUCUCAAGUUUUUAUUUUAUUUUUAUAAGAAAGAAUCCUCAUCUCAAAACUGGAAAAAGAACUCUCGUGAGUACAGUACUACCACUGACCCAAAAAACCUGCAUUUCUUUAGCAAAAAACUAUGAACGAACCCAUUGUUUUUGAGCACUGAAAAAGCUUAAUUUCAAGGGUGGGGUUUCAAAAAGAAGAUGAGAACAAUGGGGAUGUUAACGAAGGGUUCUCUUCAUUUUCUGAUUUGCUUGCUUCUUUGCAUGGAUUUUUAUUGCAUGGGAGAUGAUGAAUCUUCUUCCGUUCAACUCAACGAUGAUGUACUUGGCUUGAUAGUGUUCAAAUCAGAUAUCAAAGACCCUUCAUCUUAUCUUGAAUCCUGGAAUGAAGAUGAUAACUCGCCUUGUUCAUGGCGGUUCAUCAAAUGCAACCCAAACAACGGUCGUGUCUCAGAGGUAUCUCUUGAUGGGUUAGGAUUAUCGGGAAAGAUCGGCAAAGGGCUACAAAAGUUGGAGUAUUUGAAGGUAUUAUCACUGUCUCGUAACAAUUUCAGUGGGAUAAUUGGUCGGGCAUUUGGUGUGCUUAACAGUCUUGAAAGGCUUGAUCUUAGUUAUAAUAAUCUUUCUGGGUCAAUUCCUAGCACUUUUGUUAACAUGAAUUCUAUUAGAUUCCUCGAUCUUUCCAGGAAUUCUCUUUCGGGUUCAAUCCCUGAAGAACUCUUUCAAACUUGUUCUUCACUUAGAUUCCUUUCUUUAUCUGAGAAUUCAUUUGAUGGCCAAUUACCGAGCACAUUGUCUAAAUGUUCAUAUUUGAAUUAUCUUAAUGUUUCCAAAAACCAUUUCUCUGGUAACAUAGAUUUUGUUUCUGGGAUUUGGUCGAUGUAUCGGCUUCGAGCUUUGGAUCUGUCUUACAAUUCAUUUUCUGGGUCAGUUCCAGAAGGUGUUUUAGCAUUGCAUUACUUAAAACAGCUCCAUUUACAAUUCAAUGGCUUCUCAGGACCAAUGCCUGCAGAUAUUGGACUAUGUCCUCAUCUAAAUUCAUUGGAUUUCAGCCAUAAUCUUUUCAGCGGACCACUUCCAGAUUCUCUUCAGAGACUAAAUUCAUUGGUUUUCUUCAGUUUAUCAUAUAACAUGUUCACCAGUGAGUUUCCUUCAUGGAUUAGUACCUUAAGCAGCUUGGAACACUUGGAUUUCUCAAGCAAUAGUUUAACAGGUAGCUUGCCAUCAUCAACUGGUAAUCUCAAAACUCUAAAAUAUUUGAGAUUGUCAAAUAAUAAGCUCGUUGGUAGCAUACCAGCUGGUUUAUUUGAUCUGGGAUUGGAAGAUAUGGAUCUUUCUGAUAAUAGGUUAAACGGUUCGAUCCCAAGAGGUUCAAGUAGUCUUUUCGAGUCUCUUCGAAACUUGGAUCUGUCUAGAAACAAUCUUGAAGGUACAAUUCCUGCAGAAAUGGGGCUUUUUGCUAACCUGAGGUACUUGAACUUAUCUUGGAACAAGCUUGAAUCAAGCAUACCACCAGAACUCGGGUUAUUUCCAAACCUGACCAUGUUAGAUCUUCGAAACAAUGCUUUAUCCGGUGAUGUUGCAGGGGAUAUAUGUGAAUCUGGGAGCUUGGUUAUUCUUCAAUUAGAUGGGAACUCAUUGACUGGGCCGAUUCCGGAUGAGAUCGGCAACUGUUCGUCAUUGUACUCGCUGACAUUAUCUCACAACAAUCUAACCGGUUCAAUCCCGAAAUCGAUUUCGAAGUUGACCGAGCUUAAGAUUCUCAAACUCGAAUUCAACGAACUAAGUGGAGAAAUUCCAAAAGAGCUCGGGUUGUUGGAAAAUCUUCUUGCUGUGAAUGUAUCAUACAAUCAACUUAUAGGUAGGCUUCCUGUAGGAGGCAUAUUUCCAAGCUUGGAUCAAAGUGCUUUGCAGGGAAAUUUGGGGAUUUGUUCGCCAUUGUUGAAAGGACCGUGUAAGUUGAAUGUGCCGAAACCUUUAGUUCUCGAUCCGGAUGCGUAUAAGGGUCGAAUGGGUGAUCAUAGGCGAAGAAACGAAUCUGCAAACCCGAUAAGAUUCCAUCAUCGUAACUCCCUUAGUGUUUCUGCCAUUAUCGCAAUUUCAGCAGCUGUUCUGAUUGUAUGCGGGGUGAUAAUUAUCAGCCUCUUAAACAUUUCAGUUCAAAGGCGACUCGAAUUUGUGGAGACAGCACUGGAAAGCAUGUGUUCAAGUUCAACAAGAUCCGGAAGUCCAACCGCAGGCAAGCUCAUUUUGUUCGAUUCAAAGCUAUCGACUAAUGGGAUCGGCAACCCUGAAAUCCUCCUCAACAAAGCUGCAGAGAUCGGUGAAGGAGUUUUCGGAACAGUUUACAAGGUCCCAUUGAAUCCUCAAGGAAGAUUCGUAGCAAUCAAAAAGCUGGUGAUAUCGAACAUGAUUCAGUAUCCAGAAGACUUCGACCGAGAAGUUCGAGUUCUCAGAAAAGCAAGGCACCCGAAUUUGAUAUCACUGGAAGGAUACUAUUGGACACCUCAAUCUCAACUUCUGAUAACAGAGUAUGCAACUAAUGGAGACUUGCAAACAAAACUCCAUGAAAGACCAGCUACAGCCCCACCACUUUCGUGGUCCAACCGCUUCAAGAUAAUCCUUGGAACAGCUAAAGGAUUGGCUCACUUGCACCACUCAUUCAGGCCACCAGUAAUCCAUUACAACAUAAAACCAAGUAACAUCCUCCUCGACGAGAACUACAAUCCGAAGAUUUCGGAUUUUGGAUUAGCAAGGCUUUUAACGAAGCUCGAAAAGCAUGUGAUCAGCAACAGGUUUCAGAGUGCACUAGGAUACGUAGCACCAGAGCUAGCAUGUCAAAACUUAAGGGUCAAUGAGAAAUGUGAUGUAUUCGGUUUCGGGAUGUUAAUCUUGGAGCUUGUGACCGGACGAAGGCCGGUUGAGUAUGGGGAAGAUAAUGUCGUGAUACUGAGUGAUCAUGUUCGAGUUUCCGUCGAGCAAGGGAAUGUGUUGGAUUGUGUUGAUCUAGGUAUGGGUGAUUAUCCAGAAGAUGAGGUGUUUCCAGUGCUGAAAUUAGCACUGGUUUGUACUUCUCAGAUACCUUCAAGCAGGCCUUCAAUGGCGGAAGUGGUGCAAAUACUUCAAGUUAUCAAAACCCCGGUUCCACAAAGAAUGGAACCAUUGUGAAAAAAAAAGAGGCUAUUUCUUUUUCGUUUUUUAUUUUUCUGUUAUUGGAAAUUUUCUUUUAAUUUUACUAAUUUCUCCUUUAAUGAUAACUUCAUGCGAUUUUCAGUUCA